CGCGUCGUCUAGCUUGUUUACAUUAGUCGCGAUGCCAUCGCCGGGCGACCAACACGCGAGUGAUAACAGUGACGUGCACCUUGUCGAUAUCGAUGCCGAUAUCGAUCGGAUCAUUAACGGUAUCGAUAAGAAGGAUUCAGUCGUGGUGCAGAUCGAGAACAUGAAUGGAAACGGAGCAAUAUCAAAUUCAAAGCCGAAGCCGGUUAACAUAGAGGAGGUAGUCCAAAGGGCUCGAGACACAUUCGCUCGCGGCGUGACCAAACCACUAGCAUGGCGCAAGCAACAGCUAAAGAACCUCUUACGAAUGUACGAGGAGAACUACAAUGCUAUGGUCGAGGCCCUGCACAAGGAUCUGCGGCGCUCCAAGAUGGAGGCAGUGCUUCUGGAGGUUGACUAUCUUAUCAACGACUUGAAGAGCAUGCUGCAUCAUAUCGACGAGUGGGCCAAACCGGAACAUCCGCCAAAAGGCUUCGUGAACAUGCUGGACGAGGUGGUGAUCUACAACGACCCGUACGGCGUGGCGCUGGUCAUCGGCGCGUGGAACUACCCGCUGCAGCUGCUCCUGCUGCCCAUGGCCGGCGCCAUCGCCGCCGGCAACACCGUCAUCGUCAAGCCCAGUGAGCUGUCCGUAGCCUGCGCCAACUUCGUGGCCGAGACGCUGCCCAAAUACAUGGAUAAUGACGCCGUGCAAGUGGUAGAAGGCGGUCCAGCAGAGACAACAGAACUGCUCAAGCAGAGGUUCGACUACAUCUUCUACACGGGCGGCACCAACGUCGGCAAGAUCGUGAACGCCGCCGCCGCCAAGUACCUCACGCCCGUCACGCUCGAGUUGGGUGGCAAGAGCCCAGUGUACAUCGACAGCACAGCGAACCUAGAGGUGACCACGAAGCGUAUCCUCUGGGGCAAGUUCAUCAACUCUGGCCAGACAUGCAUCGCGCCAGACUACGUACUGUGCACCAAGGAAAUCCAGGACAAAUUCGUGGCUGAAGCCAAGAAAGUGUUGAAGGAGUGGUACGGAGAAGACCCGCAGAAGUCGCCGGAUCUAUGCAGGAUCGUGAACAGCAGGCAUUUCAGCCGCCUCCAAGCCCUAGUCGACGCCAUCAAAGACAAGGUAGCCAUCGGCGGUAGUUACGACGCCCAGGAGCGGUUCAUCGCGCCCACCAUCCUCACCAACGUGACGGGAACCGACAAGAUCAUGGAAGACGAGAUCUUCGGCCCCAUCCUGCCCAUCCUGCCCGUGCAGAACGCUUAUGAAGCCAUCAAGUUCAUCAAUGAGAGGGAGCACCCCCUAGUGCUUUACGUGUUCAGCACGGAAGGCAACAUUCAGAAGUUGUUCAGGGAGCAGACCCGCUCGGGCAGUCUGGCCUACAACGACACGAUCAUGUUUUACGGCGUUGAGACGCUGCCCUUCGGCGGCGUAGGCUACAGCGGCGUGGGCGCGUACCACGGCAAGGCCACGUUCGACACGUUCACGCACAAGAAGAGCUGCCUCAUCAAGAACUUCUCACCCAUCGGAGAGAAGCUCGCUUCCGGGCGCUACCCGCCGUACACCGAGGGCAAGCUGAACUUCAUCACGGCGCUCAUGCGCAAGCGGCACGGGCCCUCGCUCGCCGCGCUGCCCUACCUGCUGUGCGUCGCGCUCGGCGCCGGCCUUACCUACGGCAUCGUGGCCUGGAACAAGGCUGUGUCUGAGGAGCUGUAGGCGGGUGGACUCUAAACAGACUCAAGGAACAAAGUACCAGGGAUAUUUGUGAUAAUAUUGUUUUAUAAGAAAUUUUAUAUCUUUACUAUUAACUAUUUUAAAUAAUGAAACU